AUGCCAGAUCUUCCUUUUUGUAUAAACCAUUGUUCCGGUUGUAUUACAUUGACGUGCGAUGCUGUUGAAUGCUUCGUUACUGACUGUCCAAACAGUUGUGGGAUGCGUAUGCAUUCGUGCAAGGUUGAUGACCACUUGGAUCAAAUAUGCCCCAAGACCAUAGUCCCAUGUAUUAACAAAGAAGUCGGUUGUCCACACCUAAUAUGUCGUGAGGACAAGUCAUUUCAUUUACUCAAUUGUCCUGCUAGUGUUGUAAGCUGUAAUGCUCGAUGCCCCUUGCUUUUCAGGCAAACACAGAAAAAAUCUACUUCUCCAGUAACCUGUACUGUGAAUCCGAUUAUUCAUUAUGCUUCUUGUAAUUCAUAUGUUUACCGACCAAUUAAUUCACCUCUGUUGGGGGUCGAUUUUGAUACCAAUCAGCGAACUUUUACUAAUCAGACUGAUGGACAUAUAACCAAUGUAUUAAAAUUGAUCAAUGAAGAACAAGUCGAUAAAACACUAAGCAGCGGUUUUGUAGAAUCACCAUUAUCAUCCUACAUGUGCGACCAUCCAGGAUAUAUUUGUGGUUGUACAGUUCAAAGAACAAAUUAUGGAUCACACUAUCAGUUGCAUAGUAAUGUACAAGCGCAAUUAGACGGAUGGAUUGAACUUCGUUGUCCAUUGUCUUUUUUAGGUUGUAAAUAUGCUGUAGUUAAUCUUCGUCCUAAUAGUGAAUAUAAUCAUUUAUUGUAUAAUCCAACUCUUGCUACAUUUACAACGCGGUAUGAAUCAGAAACUAAUCAACAUAAUAUACUUACUCAUCAUUCAGAAUUAACAAAUAGUGAAUGUUUUAAUUUUGAUCAGUUGCCUGCAGAACUUUUAAUUUAUUUGUCUUUUUUCUUAGAUGACAUGUCUUUACUUUGUUUAUCUAAAGUUUCUAACCGAUUAUCUACCGUAUAUAAAAAUAUUCUUUGUGCAAGGUUAAUUGUCACACCACAAUGGGAUAAAGUUCAUCACAGAUCAUCAGAUUUAUUCUCUUGGCGUAUUACAGGAUUUUUGUGGUCUUUUCCACAUCGUGCUGAAUCUAUCAAAGGAUGGAGAUCUGCACAUGGUGCAUCAGCUAGAUCAAAGAUUUCAGCUCAUUUAACCAGUUGUCAUUAUAACGACAAAACCAUACGUGUAUUUCCAUUCUGUUAUUUGGAAUGA